AUUGUGAGCCAAUGAACUUAAACGUGGGCGGGUGCUAAAAUGGAUGACGUUCGUUUUACAGCGUAUUGUGGUACUUCAGCACUUCACUGGGUGGAUCGGCAAGGGUCGUUAUUUCUAAAACGUUAAUAAAAACAUAAUAUAUUCGUGAUGAACAGGAUUCGGAUCCACGUGUUACCGUCCAGCAGGGGUAGAGUGACACAGGCUGCACGAACCCAAGAGCCCCAGACCUGCGCCUAUACCCAAAGACCCUGUUCGCAUCCUCGACUGGAGGGCCUCGAGUUUUGCAUCAAACACAUUCUUGAAGAUAAAAAUGCCCCGUACAAGCAGUGCAGUUAUGUAUCCAACAAAAAUGGCAAGCGUUGCCCCAACGCAGCCCCAAAAACAGAGAAAAAAGAUGCGGUAACGUUCUGUGCUGAGCAUGCACGUAGAAAUGCGUUGGUUCAGCAAGCUCAAAUGCGUAAAGCCUCAUCAGGACCUUCACCAGACGUUCUGUUGUCUCAGCUAAGUGGCUACAGUCGGCCAGAUUCUGCAGUUCACAGUCAGGAGGGGCGUAGUGAAGCUAGUCGCAUACUGGAUGAUGACAGCUGGAGUGAAGAGGAGCAGGACCAGGUUGUUUUGGAUCAGACUUGGAGAGGGGACCCUGACAGUGAGGCUGAAAGUCUAGACACUGACCAUGAAGACCCUUUGAAGCAUGCUGGUGUGUACACUGCAGAGGAAGUGGCACUCAUCACACGUGAAAAGCUAAUCAGACUUCAAUCACUCUACAUAGACCAGUUUAAACGUCUUCAACACUUAUUGAAAGAAAAGAAAAGGCGCUACCUGCACAGCCGCAAAAUCGAGCACGAGACCGUUGGGAGCAGCUUGCUUACAGGCCCAGAGGGUCUGUCCUCGAAGGAACGAGAAAACCUGAAAAAAUUAAAGGCCCUACGUCGGUAUCGUCGGCGGUUUGGUGUGGAGGCUUUGCUGCAUCGCCAGCUAAGAGAACGCAGGCAAGCGGUUACAGAUGGUGGAACACCACAGGCAAUGCGCUCAGGCCAGAGAUGCAUAUCCUUUGUGGAAGGAACGCGCUGUUCAAAUCAAUGCCUGCCAAUGACGCGACAUUGUGUAUCGCACAUUUAUCAAGACAGUAGCCAAGUUUUAUUCAAGAUGUGCCCAGGUCUAAAGGACGUUCCAUGUGAUCGCCCCGUGCACAUGGGACAGUCAGGCGAGCCUCGUUGCCCUUUGCACCUGUCUUUGCCUCCACCCAUGUACCAACCUGAACAGGAAUCUAUUGCCCCCGAGCAACUAACGACUGCACCCACAGAUAUGUACCUUAGUGCUGCAGAGCUUCAACCAACAGAAAAUCUACCUUUGGAAUUCAGUGAUGAUCUUGAUGUUGAAGAUGAGGGUUUGCAGUGUCCACCAUCUCCCCUGCAGUUUGACACAGCUCUUGCUUUAGAAGACCAAACCAUUAGAGAGAUUGCAGAAGCACCCAUGGAUAUUCUGACAGGGGAUGAGCAAGGUUUUGAAGCCCAAGAUGCAGAGCUUUCAGAUAGAGAUGAGGUGUCUGUGGAAGAUCAGGUUGAGUCUGAAAUGCUCGAAGCAGUUGGACAAGCGGUAUCCACACAGAAUUCAUCAAGGGACUCUCACAUGAAAACAACAGAUGCCUUAUCUUGAGCACCAUGUGACCUGAUUUUCUCAGCUGCCAUACUGUUGAAACUGUUUAAAUAACUAUGUUUAAAAGCCAUACUCCAGGAAGCCUAUGUGGAUUGCAGAAGCAUUCGUGAUUCCAACCUUCUCUUUAAAUAGCACAGUAACAAUUUGUGCUUCUUGUGAAGCUUAACGGGCAAGUUUAACCAUUAAAUGCAAAUUCAUUGGUUGUGGCAUUUACAUGAUUUCAGACAAGGCAAUGUGGUGUUUCAUUUUAGGCAGUAUGAUAUCUAGAUUUUUGCCAAACUACAUAGCGUAGUGUUUAAGCACUUUGUUUAUACAGUAGAAAUUUGUUUCCUUAUGGCAUUAAUAACUCAUACUGAGAUUUGUUUACUAAAAUAAAUCUUUACAUCAUG